GGCUCCGCUUCCCAGCCCUUUAUUCUUCUACUCAAGGUUCAGCCUCUGCCGCCACACUCUGUUAACUCCGGGGGCCCAAAGUCCUUCCAUGAGUAACCGGGCAGCCCUCCCGGCUCUUAGGGGCGCUCCCAGUCCCCGGCCCUCCAGGGAGCGCGGUGGUCGCGGCGGGCGAUGGAGCAGGCCGGCGGCCACGUGGAAGACUUGCCCCUCAACGUGUUCUCCGUGACCCCCUACACGCCCAGCACGGCCGACCUCCAGGUGUCGGAUGACGACAAGGCGGGGGCCACCCUGCUCUUCUCAGGCAUCUUCCUGGGGCUGGUGGGGAUCACGUUCACCGUCAUGGGCUGGAUCAAAUACCAGGGGGUCUCCCACUUUGAAUGGACCCAGCUCCUCGGGCCCAUCCUGCUGUCAGUGGGGGUCACGUUUAUCCUGAUCGCUGUGUGCAAGUUCAAAAUGCUGUCCUGCCAGGUGUGCAGAGAAGGUGAGGAAAGGGCCCCGGACGCGGAGCAGACGGCAGGAGGACAGUCGUUUGUUUUCACGGGGAUCAACCAACCCAUCACGUUCCACGGGGCCACGGUGGUGCAGUACAUCCCUCCUCCGUACGGUUCCCAAGAGCCCCUUGGGGUGAACGCCACCUUCCUGCAGCCAGGGAGCCCCUGCGGCCCUGCGCCUGGCCCUCCCCACUACUACACCAUCUACCCGGCGGACAACGCGGUGUUCGUGGGCGACCAAGGCGGCCCGUCGACCGCGGGGGGCCGCGACAGAUCCGGCCCCGCAGCCCACCUGCUGGAAGCCACCCCGCCGGGGAUUGAGGUCUUCUCUCCUCCCCCGUAUGAGGAGCUGUACUCCCCUCCUCGCCAGCCCACCAUGCUGACCCAGGUGCUCCCUCCGUGACCCCCAGCUCAGCCCGCGGCCCAGGAGCCUGACCCCCGACCCCUGGGGGCGCUCAGAUUGGUGAAAAUGCGGCCGGAGAGGGGCAGCUGCCUUCCGGUCCAGCUGGACCUGCCCUGCACAGGGCUCAGGGGCAGGAACCUCCCUCGGGCCACCACCCACCCCUGGCCUACAGGAACGCACUGGUGUCUCAAUUUAACGCCAGCAGCCGAGGGAAAAAUCACUGCUUCUGUGACUCUGGGAGUUUCCACGGCAGCUGGGGGUUGGGGGGCGGGGGGAUGGUUGGGCAGAGAGCGGGGAAGCUCUCCAGGCUCAACUGGAGGUGUCCUUGGACCUCUUCUCAGCCCCCUCCUACAGGGCGAGGGGGGGUGGUACAGAUUCCCAAACACUUGGUUGCCAUCCAGUGUCCCUUUAGGACUCUGGGUAUCUUAAAGGCUGCACAGCAUUUUAUUAGUGGAAUAAAAUAAAACAAUAUAUCCUGUUUUAAAAAAAAGGAUUAGAUAGCUGGCAACAGAAUAAAAUAAUAACUGUACAAAAUAAAUAUGAUGGGCAAUGACAUAAAUACAUUCUUAAGUUAUCAAUGGGUCACGGUGACUCUUGGCAAGGCGAGAGCUCGCUGUGCGCCCCCAGGCCAGGAUCUGUGCUACACACGGCUACCCCAGCCCAGUGACCAAGAACCUGGAGCCUUCUCUAAGCACCUGUGGAUGAGUUCCGCGAAAUGAGACAAAAUAGAGAUUCAGGGCAAUACCUGGAAAACCACAAAUCAUGGAAACGAUUUUUAAGGUCAAGACAAACUCACCUUCUUUAUAAAAGAAGUUGGUGCUGUUAAUCUUCCAGAAUCUGAACUGUGUAAUGAACAACCACAACCCAUCAAAGACUUAAGAAGAGACAGUUACAACUAUCGGGUUUUAAAAGAAAAUAUUUUCCUUAUUUUCCUACCACUUGAGAUAACGGAGGCUCAUCCCAAGGGAGGAUAGGAUUCAGCAAGCAAUUCCUAAAGAUUUUGGUACCAUAUUUAUAUAUGGAGUGAUUUUUACUGAUUUUUAUCAAAAACAUCUAGUUUUCCAAGGAUAUGAUUAAAAUAUGGUUGGUACAUUA